AGGAAACAACUACAUCAUGCAAAAACCCUGCAAAGAAAAUGAAGGGAAAGCCAAGAUCCCUGUGCCAAAGAGAGAAGAAUGCCCCGAUGGAGAAUUUGAACGCCAGCAAACUGAAGGGAAUUUUAGGCAAAGACUGCUUCAAUCUCUCCAGGAACUUAAAGAGUACAUAGAUUAUAGGCAUUUUAAUAAUGAAGAAAUGACAAGAGAGGGAGAUGAAGUGGAAAGGUGUUUGGAAGAGAUAAGGGGUCUGAGAAAGGAGUUUAGGGCACUGCAUUCUAACCAUCGGCAUUCUCGAGACAAUCCUUAUCACAUUUGAUGCAUUUCCCCCCUGAAUUCAAUUAUUUUAUGUUAUUAAUAUACCUACCACUAGGUUCUUUUGGUGUGCAUUUUCUUACUAAAUGGUUGCUAUCAUUUUACUCUAAUUCUUCAAUAUUCCUUUGAUUUACAUAUGACUCUUGUUACCAACAUCUCAUCUUUUGACUGUCUCAUUCAUUUAAUAGGAUGUCUCAUUCAUUUGCAUGA